ACUUCAGGCCAUUCAUUUUUUUUUUACAAAAUAAAUGCGUAACGUUUUGAAGCUAAGUUUGAGGAUAAGUUUGCUAGGUGUGCUGCGGGUAGUGCCGUGCUCUGAGCGAAUUCCACUAGAAUAAAUUGAAAUAUUUAAAGGGAAGGGAUGGGAGCAUUCCCUCAGGAUAAGUUGAUUGAUAACUAGUUGUCGUUGAUUAUUCUGUCAUUUUUGAACUCUCGAAAAGUUGAUAGAUAUUCAGAGAGUCCCCCCUCCAGGUUUUCUUUCCCUCUCCCCCUUCACUUCAUCCCUCUCAUCACACUGUACCUCCCUUGAGUGUGAGCUUUAACGUGGAUUUCUCUUUGUGGUAUUUUUCCAAUGCACAGUUCAAUCAAAUUAAUUUAAUUCCUAAGAUCAGCGUGAUGUACGGUGCGGAAGACGAGGAUUCAUGGCGGCUAUCAGAAAGAAACUAGUAAUCGUAGGCGAUGGUGCCUGUGGUAAAACUUGCCUGCUCAUAGUAUUCAGCAAAGACCAAUUCCCUGAAGUGUACGUUCCUACUGUGUUUGAGAAUUAUGUCGCUGACAUUGAAGUGGAUAGCAAACAGGUUGAGUUGGCCCUCUGGGAUACAGCAGGACAAGAAGACUACGACAGACUGCGUCCACUAUCUUAUCCGGACACCGAUGUCAUUCUCAUGUGUUUUUCGAUUGACAGUCCGGAUUCAUUAGAGAACAUUCCCGAGAAAUGGACGCCCGAGGUGAAACACUUUUGUCCAAAUGUACCAAUAAUUCUCGUUGGAAACAAAAAGGAUUUACGCAAUGACCCAAUCACGAUCAAGGAGCUUGGUAAAAUGAAGCAAGAACCAGUUAAACCUGAGGAGGGUAGAUCCAUGGCCGAAAAAAUUAAUGCCUUUGCUUAUCUCGAGUGUUCUGCCAAGAGCAAGGAAGGUGUACGGGAAGUAUUUGAAACAGCGACCAGAGCAGCACUCCAGGUAAAAAAGAAGAAAAAGGGCAGAUGUAGGUUGCUCUGAGUUAAUUAUGCGAAUGGGCCCGACACCGACCGGGUGAAUAAACAAACAUAAAAUCAUGGAAUUGCGAUACUAGCUAUUCAAAAAAAUGAAGAGAAUAAUAAUAAUAAUAAUAAUAAUAAUAAAACUAAUCUACGGAGAGCUAGUCGUAAUGCCGGAGGCCCCCAAUGCAUAAAAACAAAAUCAAGAAAAUCUAUAACAUUACUUUAUAUCUUAUCUUUAAUUACUUUACAUAAAUGGAAAAAAUGAUCAACAACUAGAAACAUGUAAAACGCGUCCAAUACUGGAUAUUAAAGAAUGAAAAAAAGAAAAAUUCGACAACUGAAUUUCAUACAGAUUAAGUGCACCCGCCAAUAUCGUGAUCCGUGGUGAAUCGUUCCCCUCGCUUACCCAAAAUAUAUAUACGUAUUUAUACAUUCCCACAUAAAUACAUAUAUUUGGAUCCAUCGAGAGCGCGUGUAUGUUGCAAUUGUAUGAGUGUUCAAAUUGCUUGCCUGUGCGAAGUAAAAAAAAUGCAUCUGCCUGAUACUUUAAACAAAACCAAGACAAAAACGCCUGUGUGCAUUGUAGCAGUUUUUUUUGGCAACAACUAUAAUAAUUGUAUCUUUUUAAUAAUGAUAGUGAUUGAGUGAUGCUUUAUUCUCGAAAAUAUAACAGUAAAAGAAGGAUAAACCAAAAAAAUUACGCCAUUUUUUUCAAUUCAAUACCACAGCUAUUUUCCAAUUAUUCGCUAUUCAGAUGAACAAUAUUUUGUUAUUUUGAGAACUUACUGUGGGACACCUACAGUUUGGCUCUCAGCCCUUUUAUUCAUUAUCAUUAAUUUCUUAUUAUUUCGUCAUUCAUAAGAAUUGCCACUUUAUCUUAGGGUCUGAUGACAUGGCAUUAUUUUUCAUCGAGCACGAGUCUUUAUUUCAAUUAGAUAAACUAUGGUUUAUCUUUCCUAAAAAUGACUAUUGACAAUUUUUUUUAAACAUUAAAUCAAUUUUUGCCGUGAAAUAUUGAAUAAAAUUGAAUAACGAAAAAAUGAUGUUCAACGUCCAUAGGCUAUCUGGAUCGCCCUAUUGAUCUUCAAGAUCCCAAUUAGACUAGACGCAUUAUUAUUAUUAUUACUAUUAUUAUUAUUAUCAUGAUUAUAUUACUAUUGAUAUGUUAUAUUAUAUUAUUGUAAUACGAUGACACUAACAUUAAUGAAUUGUAAUAGUGGUUAUAUUCUAUUUAUGUACUCCGAUAAAACAACAAAACAGCAAGAUUGCCUCCCAGUUA